CAAACUAUUUGAGGUUGUACCCCUUAUCUAUGUUACAUGGGUGGAUAUAUAGGGUAGCCAUAUGGGUAACCCUUAUCUCAGGUGCUGGGGUGGCUAUAUCCACAACAUUUCUUACACAGCCCUAGAAGUUAGAGAAAAUCAUUUCUCAUCAUUUAUUUCUCCUCCUCCCUGUAUGAACCCGAGAGAAAGCAUCUCCAUUAGGGAAAAUCAGAGAAACUCAGUGAGAUUGAGAAGAAAUUGGUGAUGCUGUCGUGUUGAAUCAGCAAGAAGAAAGGUGUAAUCGAAUUGCAGCAUAAUAUUGAUGAGAUAUUGGUGAAUCGGGAAGAAAUCGAGUUGAAGAAACUUAGGGUUUUGCUGUUGCUCUCUGAGUUCAAAUGAGAAGAUAAAUUGCAGAUGGGUUUUUCUCAUUCUGAAGAUUCAACAACAGCAGAUGAAUUGAAGUUGAUGUUGAUUGCAGACUUAGAUGUAUGACAGGUUAGGGUUCUCCUGGUGGUGAUUGACAGUGAAGAUGGUGGUCGACUUUGGGUAUGAAUUGGUUUUGAUUGAGAAGGUGAGUUAGGGUUCUGUGGUGUUUGAAGAAUGGAAAGUGGUUCAGAUUGAGAAGACAUGGGGUAUGUUGUAGCAGAGAAGAACGAAAUUUCAGAUCGAAUUAGAACUAUUGUUGGUGGAGGAAAUGGUUCAGGAGGUUUUUAUUAGGGUUGCUGAGGUUGAAGUGGUGCAGCUACUGGGUUGAACUGCAGGUGGUGGUGCUGUUGGCCAAGAGCAGAGUGAGAAGGCUUGAAUUGGUGGUUAGUGCUCAGCAGCUGAGAAAGAGCAUAUGGAGAAUUUUAGGCUGCAGUUGGUAUGUGCUGGGAUGGCUCAAAUUUCUGGAGCUGAACUUGGUAUUGCAGGUACCAGCAAUAUGAGCUACUACAGAUGGUGGUGCAGUAGAUGAAUUGGAUUUAAGUUGAGCUGCAACUAAUGGUGAACUAGUGUUGCUGCAAUGGUUGCAAAUGCAGAUGCUGCUGAUGUUGUUGCUGUUACAGGGUGAGUUGCUGUUGGUGUUUCUGCUAAGGUGUUGAGUUACUGAAGUUGUAACUGUGUUUGGUUAUGGAGGCAAUGAUCUAUAGAGAAUGCAAUGGUCAUGGUGCAGUGACUUUGAGUUAUGUCCUGAGCUGGUCAGUGCUGAACAAAGUGUAGGUGUGAUGCUGAUGCUGCUACUCAUUGCAGGUGUUUGUCAGUUGGCAAAUAUGGCUAGAAUGGAAGAUUGCAAGGCUGAGAUGUUGUUACUACAGAUGAAGAGCCUGAACUGGAACUUGAGAUGAAUCUGGGGAAGAAUUGAGUUGCAUUGUGAAUGGUGGACUGAGUGUGCAGUUGCAGGUGCAGUUUUGUGUUGAUGCUACACUGAGGCUAGAGCUGAAAUAGGGUUACAGUGAUGUUGCAACUGAAGCUGAGGCAAGACUGAGUUGUGGUGAGUGCUAUGAAUCUGUAAAUGGGUUAUUUCAAUUGCAAUUGAUGUUGCAAUGAAGAUGAUGCACAAGGAGUUGGAGGUGUACGUGGACGAUAUGAUUGCCAAGUCCGAAAAAAGUGAAGAUCAUACAUCAGACCUACAGAAGUUGUUUGACCGUCUCAGGAAGUACAAGUUAAGGCUUAAACCCAAUAAAUGCACAUUCGGGGUAAAAUCAGGAAAGCUAUCGGGGUUCAUUGUCAGCAAUAGAGGAAUAGAAGUUGAUCCAGAGAAAGUGAAUGCGAUCAUCAAUAUGCCUCCCCCCCAAGAACGAGAAAGAAGUGCGAGGUUUUCUAGGAAGAAUUCAAUAUAUCAGUCGAUUCAUCGCGCAACUAACUCCGGUUUGUGCACCAAUCUUUAAAUUACUACGGAAGAACUCGCCGAAGGAAUGGAAUGAAGAGUGUAAAGAGGCGUUUGAUCAGAUAAAGAAGUAUUUGUCCAAUCCACCCGUGUUGGUCCCUCCGGUCCCUGUGAAACCUUUAUUGUUGUAUUUAUCGGUAACCGACUCAUCAAUGGGGGCAGUUUUAGGACAAUAUGAAGAAGAUGGUAAGAAAGAGCAGGCAAUAUAUUAUAUCAGCAAGACAUUGUCCGGAUACGAAUCAAAAUACUCCACAUUAGAGAAAACAUGCAUUUCCCUUGUAUGGGCUACUCAACGGCUUAGACAUUACAUGUUAUCUCAUUCGGCGCAGUUGUUAUCAAGGAUGGACCCACUUAAAUAUCUAUUUGAAAAGCCAAUGAUCUCAGGGAGAACGGCAAGGUGGCAGUUGUUGUUAGAAGAAUUUGAUAUAACUUAUGUGACACAAAAGUCAAUAAAAGGAAGAGCAAUAGCAGAUCACUUAGAAGCGCAACCUAUCCUGGAUUGCGAGACACUCAUAACCGAAUUUCCUGACGAACAUAUCCUUAUUGCUGAACAAGAUGAUGAGGGUGAAUUGUGGAAGAUGUAUUUUUAUGGAGCAAUGAACCCAAUUGGCAAAGGAGCAGGGGCAAUUUUGAUAUCUCCCGAUGAGGUACGCAUUCCGAUUUCAAUUCGAUUGAAUUGCAACUGUACUAACAACAUGGAUGAAUAUGAAGCAUGCAUUGCUGGCUUGAGAGCCGCCUUAGAGUUAUCAGUCAAGAAGUUGAAGGUAUAUGGAGAUUCCUUGCUGAUUGUUAACCAAACACAGAAAGUCUGGAAGAUCAAGGAAGAAAAGCUAGUUUCAUACCAUGAAUGCCUUAUGAGGCUGGUGGAGAAGUUUGAUUGCAUUACUUUUCAUCAUCUCUAUAGAGACAAGAAUCAGUUUGCAAAUGUGUUAGCUGCUUUAGCAUCACUAAUCCCGAUCCCAGGAGAUUCCACAGUCAAACCCAUUGAGGUGGCACGAAGAGAGCAACCAUCUUACUGUUAUGCGGUUGAGAUCGAAGCAGAAACAAAUAAUGGAGAUCCAUGGUACCAUGAUAUCAAGAAUUACUUAGAGGAUCGGACCAUGCCAGACGGGUUGAGCAGAAAAGAGCGUCGUUACAUACAAUGUAUGUCCUUUCAGUACAUGAUCCUAGGAGGAGUACUUUAUAAGAAAUAUUACGAUGAGAUUUUAUUGAGGUGUGUAGAUGGAGAUGAACCUCGACGCCUUCUUAGAGAGAUACAUGAAGGAAUUUGCGGUCCACAUAUGAACGGACACAUGUUAUCAAGGAAAAUUCUUCGAAUGGGAUAUUAUUGGACAACAAUGGAGUCAGAUUGUUUCAAGUACGUGAAAAGAUGCCAUAAAUGCCAAAUACAUGCCAAUUUACUAUAUUUGACACCGACCGAGUUGCACCCUCUCACAUCACCAUGGCAUUUUUCUGUUUGGGGCAUUGAUGUAAUCGGGAAACUGAAUCCUUCUACAUCAAAUGGGCAUGAAUACAUCAUAGUGGCAAUUGAUUAUUUUACGAAGUGGGUUGAGGCAAUAUCCGUAAAGAAUCCUACGGGGAAUCAGACUGUUAAAUUCCUUGCACUGAAGAUAUGGAGAUGGUUAUGAAACUGCAGCUAGGAAAGAUGAACUGGAAGCUGGUGAUUAAGUGAGAAUUGUAUGUGCAGGAAAGCACAGCCAUCAUGGCUGGAACAGAAGCACAAUGAUUGUGCAACACAGAUGGUUUGACAGCACAGAUGGCCUGGCAAGAUAGCCUGCCAUCAUGGUUGUACAUCAGUUCUGACAUCUCAGGCCUGACAGUUCUGGCCUGGUGAAUUCAGCCCAGCUAACUCAGCCAUCCAGCUGAGUAAGAAGCUGACUAGACGAGCUGACUCCCCUGACCCGGUUUGAUUCUGACCUUGACUGAGUUGACUGGCCGAGUUGACUGACCGAGUUGACCCGUUUGACCGGUGACCGGGCGGACUUUUCCGGCGACUUUUCCGGGCCCGAAUUGACAAAGUUUGUACACGAGUUUUUAUAACUUUUGGACCACGCGGAUUUUCAUCUAAUGGACUUUGAAGAUUGGGCCUAAUUUUGGAAGGCAAAGGGAUAUAAAAAAAGACUCCUAUAGCUAUUUGGAUUAUCACGUUUAUUAUUAUUCUUCUUGGAGCUUUGGAGAGAACUACUUCUAGGGUUUGCUUUAUUUUCUUCUUCUUAAUUAUUUUAUUGAUUAUGAACUCCUCUAUUAUGAGUAACUAAAUACACAAUUGGUUAUGGGAUAAAAGUUGAUUUCUCAAUGCAUGUGAUUUGAU